AUGGCUUCAGAGACCCCCGAGAAAUCUGUCGCCGGCAACUUGGCCCUCAACGGCUUGAAGCCCAAGGAUAUGGAAGUUCUGAGCUUGAUGGUUCUCUGCGCUACCCCCGAGGCUCAUGCCAACUUGCUCUCCAACAUCAACUUUGAGCAGUUUGCCUCUCUGGGCAGCUACAAGAACGAACACGCGGCCAAGACCGUCGUGGGAAUGCUCAUUCGGAAGCUCAAAGCAAACACCACCCCUCCAGACAAUGCCAACGCUCUGACCCCGACUGCAACCCCCAAGAAGCGCAAGACGCCCGUCAAGAAGGCCGCCAACAACGACGACGACGGAGAGGCCGACACGCCGGCCAAGAAGCCCCGUGCCCGCACCAAGAAGGCCGCCUCUGCCGAGCCCGUCUCCAAGGACGUCGAGAUGCGCGACCAAGGCGAGGUCCAGACCGAGUAG